AUGACUGCAGCCACCGUGGAAAUCAAAGCUCAGCACCAAGAUCCUUCAGCCACCUUCACCUACAUUGUGGGUGGUAAGGAGCAGACAACAAACAAGAUCUCAGUAGGUUCAGAGGUCAAGGGGCCUCUCACAGUCUCCAUCAAGGCCUCUGACGGCUCGAAGAUUGAUCUCGAGGACCUGGAUUUCCGUUGGAACGUAGAGCCCCUGCUGCAGAGGGAGGGCGAUAACCAAAACGGACAGAAGGGUGCCAUCGUCGAGCUUUUUGGCUGGCCCCAUGCAGAUAUCGAGCAGGAAUGCGAAGCACUUGGUAAGAUGGGAUAUCUUGGUGUGAAGAUCUAUCCCGCGCAGGAGCAGGUCAUGUCCACCGAGCCCUUCAACAACGUCAUGAACCCCUGGUACUUCAUGUACCAACCAGUGUCGUAUCGGCUUCAGGGUCGCAUGGGAACACGGGAUGAUCUUCGAAGAAUGAUCAGCGCAUGCAGGAAGAACGGUGUUCGAGUUUACGCCGAUGCCGUCAUCAACCACAUGUCUGGCGGCGGGAAUGAUGCAAACCCAAAGCAUCGCAAUCCUCAGGCAAAUUGCCAGACCUUUGGCAAUAAGACGUCUUCGUUGCCAGGGGGACACUCCCCGUACUACACACAGAACUAUGCGUACACUACAGGCGAGCACACUGGAAAAGCCCCUCUCCAGGAAUUUCCAGCAGUCCCUUACGGUCCCCAAGACUUCCACUGCGAACGGGUCCUGAAUGCCUGGAGCGAUCCGCUGGACCUCAACGCAGGAUGGCUCACGGGCCUCACGGACCUCAACACGGAAAGGGAGAAUGUCCAAGAGCGCAUCGCAGACUACAUGACGGACCUGAUCUCCAUUGGCAUCUCUGGCUUCCGCAUCGACGCCGCAAAGCAUAUCAAGCCUGAUGACCUGGUGCAGAUCAUCUUGAAGUUCCGCGAGAAUGUAGGGGGAAAGAUGCCAGAGGAUUGGUUCAGCUGGUUGGAAAUCCUCCUUGGUGGAGAGGCUGACCUGCUGAUGUGCAACACGGCCUCCGGCUACAACUAUGGUGAGUAUUUGUCCUCCGCACUGCUGAAAGCCGGCUUAUCCCAGCCAGAGGUGGAUGCAGUGAAGACCUGGAACUCGGGCUUUCCAAAGGAGCCCGAGAAGGGGGUGGAUAACUGCGACAUCGGCAAGACGGGGCUCCAGCGCCAGGUCAUUCAGAAUGAUGAUGCCGACCAGCAGAAUCCUGGUAGCAGCUCGCGAGACAUGGGUGACGCUGGCUGUGUCCUCAUCAAGGGUUGCGACGAGUCCACCCACCGCGGCCACGAGGUUUCACUCUUCACCUCGCCUCCAGGGGCCCAGGACAAUGCCAAGGAUUAUCCCAUCCGAGUCAUCCUAUCCUCCUACUACUGGGGGGAAGGGGACAAUCAGGGCAUUCCAGAUGGCAAGUCGGACUGCUCCCUCUGCAAAGUGAACUGCGAUGGCUGCAAGGGUAUGCCGUUCCAGCAGGCCUUCGAUGCGAAAUCCACCGGCUAUGACAAGGGUAAAGGCAUGUACACACGUGUCCACCGCGACAAGGAGAUCGUGAAUGCCAUGCGCGCGUGGGUUGGCUUGAAAGCUAUUGACACCUCCGUCUAUACAGGAGUGGAGGAACCAGCGUACACCUCUGUCAUUGUCUAA